AUGCCUCCCCCAUGCCUGCCAACACCUGCACAUUCGUGUCUUCUGAACCUGUCCCCCUAUGUCCCUCAGCCGGUGCCUGUACCUCAGACCCUUUGCCAAAGAAUGAGGGAAUUGGAUGAGAUCAGCAGUUCACAAACUUUUUGUUCUCAGGACCCCCUUUAUGCUCUUAAUAUCAUCAAGGAUCCCAAAGAGAGGUUCCUGAAAAAACUAAAAAUAGGAGGGGCGGGCUCCUGGCCCCGUGUGCUCCCCACCACCCAGCGCCCGCAACAGCCGCAGCGCGAUGGCCCCGGAGCCAAGAAGGGCAUUUUGGAGCCUCUGGAUAGCGGGGAGGGUGUGCUUGGAGACGGCAACUUUCGCAUAACUCUGGAGAAGAGGGGCUACGUGAAGGCCGGGCUCUGGACUCCAAAAGCUGUCGUCGAACAUCCAAAUGCAGUUCGCCAGCUUCACGUGGAAUUCUUGAGAGCGGGAUCGAAUGUCACGUGGACUUUCACCUUUUCUGCCAGUGAGGACAAUAUGGAAAGCCAGUGGGAAGCUGUAAACGCCGCUGCCUGUGACCUUACCAGAGAAGCAGCCGACAGAGGUGAUGCUUUGGUCGCAGGGGGGAUCUGCCAGACAUCGUUGUACAAACACCACAAGGAUGAAGCCAGAAUUUUAAAACUUUUUCGACUACAGCUAGAGGUUUUUGCCAGGAAAAAUGUGGACUUCUGGAUUGCAGAGUACUUUGAACACGCUGAAGAAGCUGUGUGGGCUGUGGAAGUCUUAAAAGAAUCCGUAAAACCCGUGGCAGCCACCGUGUGCAUAGGCCCAGAGAGAGACAUGCAUGGUGUAACACCUGGAGAAUGUGGGAAGCUGGUGAAGGCAGGGGCUUCAGUCGUUGGCGUGAACUGCCGAUUUGGGCCCUGGACCAGCCUGAGGACAAGGAGACUCAUGAAGGAAGGUCUACGGGCUACAGGGCUGAAAGCACACUUGAUGGUGCAGUCCCUGGGGUUCCACGUGCCCGACUGCGGCAAAAGAGGGUUUGUGGAUCUCCUCGAAUAUCCCUUCACACUGGAGCCCGGAGUUGCAACCAGAUGGGAUAUUCAAAAGUACGCCAGAGAGGCCUACAACCUGGGGGUCAGGAACAUAGGCGGGUGCUGUGGACUUGAGCCCUACCACAUCAGGGCGAUUGCAGAGGAGCUGGCCCCGGAAGGGGGAUUUUUGCCUCUGGCUUCUGACAAACAUGGCAGCUGGGGAAGUGGUCUCAGCACACACACCAAACCCUGGAUUAGAGCCAGGGCUAGACGAGAGUGUUGGGAGAAUCUGCUGCCGACUUCGGGCAGACCUUUCUGUCCUUCAGUGUCAAAGCCAGAUGCCUAA